AUGUUCAUCGAGUACGGUGUUCGACGAUAUUUUUUCCCCCACACACUGAUGCGAAACGGAACGUUGUAUGCGUUGGAGGUCGUCUACACUACCACACUCAAGCAAAAUACAGCAAAGCACCUCAGUUCUUGCUUAUUUUUCAACACCCACAGUAACGACGGGCAUGAUUUGAACGAGUUGGCUUUUGCGUUCUUUUGCGUGGCGCUGCCUCGUGGCACUGUUUGUUGGUCUUCUUAUCCUGCUCCAUUCGGCUUUGAAGACCUUCAGAGAGUCCCGGAAAACUUUCAAGUUAUCAAUAAAACUUACGAUCAAGAUGCCGACGCUGAUCUAUGGCGUGAGAAAACUUUAAUCAGCAAGCGCACAACCCGAUAUUUGUGCCAAUCCAAAACUGAAGGACUACCGGAUUAUGUCGUGAGCAAAGUAAAAGUUAUCAAUGAGAAGGAAUCCGUACCUGAAGGCUUUUCGCAGUUAACUAGAACUUCUGACACCGAACAAAAGGCGUGGCGUAAGAAGCAACUUGUUUACCAGUUGACAAAAAUAGGGUCCACAGUACAAUGCAUAACGGACAUCCUAUUAUGUUCCCGAUUCCGGAACGCUCCUCAAGGAUUUACUAUGGCUGGAGAAAUAAAUGGUAUUGUUAUAUGUUUCAAACUAUCUAAUGCAUCGCGUACACCUUUGCCGACAAAUAGUGGCGCAGGGGUUGUAAAAGUCCAACAAGGAGUCGCCAAGACUAAAAUAAUAGCAACUCAAUUGGACCGAGAUUACGUACAAUUGCUAUCCACUUACCGAAUGCCGCAAGUUGCAAACAAUAAAACGCAGAUUUAUUCGUAUUCAACGUUUAAGAUGCACGCAGAAGUGGACGGCGUUCCAUUUAUUCUAAAUCCCUGUUUGAGAGAAUAUGGCAGUAUAAAAAAUCUUGGGAUGCAGAUGGCUGCUUUGGAAUACAACUUUGAUCUUGAACGGAAUGUGCUACGCACAACUAAAACACUUGCUUGAGUGUGUAGUGGUACCUUAUAGAGAUGAGCCGUAACGCACACAUCGUUCCGUACCGCAACCGGUGUGUGAAACGCUUAGGGAUAGCACGCGGUACUGGCCUAUUGUUCCGUUUUACCGCCAAAAAUCCAAACAACGCGCGACAGCAACGGCACAAACCCCGCGCCUGUGUGCAUCAGGAUACCGAAGCUCCUUAUUUGCUCGCUUGGAGCCGAAAGAUCUAAUCAAACGGGGCAGUCCAGCGCUUAACCAGGACUGGCAGAAGUGUAGUUUGAAUCGGCACUGCUCAAAUCUUAAUUUCGUUAAACCAGGGGCCUCAAACUCACAUUGCCAUGCGGGUCGCGUCGCACACAAGAAUUUUUUUUUCAUGUAAAACUACAUUUGGCAUCACUUGGUUGUCGUGGCCGCGGGUCCCACAAAAUAGUUUGAGGGUCACAUACGACCCCCAUUCCGCGAGUUUGAGAACCUCGCUUUAAAUGCUCUGUUAAUUAAACUACUAAACUCUAGUUUGAACCUUGAUCAGUCUUCUGCACUGCAACAAUAGCUUCAGAAUUUGCAAGGAGUGAAUCUUUUCUCGAAUAUUUGUAUGGAAUCUAGUGAAUUACGUUACCUGGCAAAAUUCUUGUGGCCAUUCCUUAGACCUUUAGGAAAGAGGAGGAAUAUUUCAACACUAAAUUUUAGAAUACAAUUAUAGACAUUUCAAAACAUAAUCCUUGCAUUUAUCGAACAAGUUCCAAUUUAUUGAAACAUUCUACAAUAUAUACUAUUUUUCACAUUGUUCAUCUCAUUUACGCCGCUUUUAUGAUUUUUGCACAAUGAAAAAAAGUAAUUUUAUUUACUAUUACCAACUUAAUGCCUACAAACUAUGGAUCAACCACUCGAGCUUGUUGAAUGUUUUGACGAAUCAAACUCGGCUCGCCCGUUCUUAUAUAUUUAAAAAAAAAACAUAAAUAUCAAUAUUGAUUUACACAUUUUCGGACAACAA